AUAAAAUUUCGCUGCCAGCCGCCCCAGGAAAAGCAACCAAGCAUCCCCAUUAAACGUCGUAACUCGUAACCCUAGCGGCUAUCUCAACUUACCAUUCUUUCUAUUCCACGUGUAAUAUCGGUGACAGACUUCUCAUAACAGCUUGUGACUGCAUCAUUACCUUCAUCCAAUAAUUCAACACCUAACCUUUAUUCUAUUUUGAUUUGUGGUUGUUGAUGAGAAAAAUCAACGGAGAGAUAAAGUCGAAAUUUUCCACCUUGUGUUACGCGUUUGAGACUUUCUGCGAAAUUUCAUAUCUCGUGUUAGGUACGAAUCUCUCUUCUCCAUUAUUCUUCUUCUUCCCCUGUAAAAGAAUUUGGGUCUUCUUCUAGAUUUUGUUUUUUGUGGUUCUGAGAUUAUUGUUUCUUCGCUAGAAGAAGCAUCUAGGUUUCAUUUUUUGUUGUCUGUUUCCAUAAAUUUGUACAAACCAGUUGCAGCUUUUGCUUAAUCUACCGUUUUCGAUAUUCUAAUCAACAGAUCUUUCUUUUUUGUCUUCUUGUGGUAAAUAAUCAAGAUGAGCAGGCCACAGGAACCACACCGCCCUUUCUUCUCUUUCGGGAAUCCUUUCCGGAUGAUAUCACCAAAGGGCUCUCAAUUGUCUCCAAGGCUUCUUUCCUUAUUGAAUGCUUUUGAGGAAACCUUGGCAGAGAGGUUGGGGAAACUUAAUCCCAAGGAUAAGAAUGACAUUCUUAGCUUAACAUGGAUGAACUAUGCGAUGGAUUCACUUUGUGAGACUCAUACUGACAUAAAAACCUUGAUUACCGAUCUUGAGCUCCCUGUGACUCAGUGGGAUGAGAAAUGGAUAGAUGUAUACUUUGACAUUAGUGUAAAGUUGCUCGAUAUUUGCAUUGCUUUUAGCUCUGAGCUUUCCCGGCUUAACCAAGGCCAUCUCUUGCUUCAAUGUGUCCUGCAUAAUUUGGAGUCCAACACUUCAAAGAAAUUUGUGCAGGUGCGAUCUUCCCUUGAUAGCUGGAGAAAACACAUUAGUUCAAAGAAUUUACGAGUCCAGAACUGUCGCUCCAUCUUGGAUAAUCUUGUGGAAUCACUGAAUCUGCCAAAGGUUAAGAACUCAGCUAAAGGAAAGGUCUUGAUGCAGGCAAUGUAUGGAGUUAAGGUGCUAACAGUGUUUGUAUGCAGUGUUUUUGCUGCUGCCUUCUCAGUUUCUUCAAAGAAUUUGUUAGAUUUGGAUGUCCCAAACACAAUCUUGUGGGCACAAGCAUAUUGUAAUUUGCAAACAAAUGUGAAUGUCAAAAUCAGAGAGACGUUUUCCGGUGGAAAAUUUACAGUCCUGAAGGAAUUGGAUGCAGUUGAUUCAAUUGUGAAGAAGUUGUAUCCCAUGAUUCAAGAUGGGCUAAAGCCUAUUGAAGUCGAAGCAUUGCAAAAUUCUGUUUCAGAUUUAAGAACAGGUGCCGAAAGACUCUCUCAAGGGCUGGAUUUUCUUGCAAAGGAAGUGGACGUCUUUUUUAAGAUAGUUUUGAGUGGGCGCGAUGCUUUACUUUGUAAUUUGAGAGCAUCUGGUGCUGUUACUGACCCAAUGUUAGGUACUAAUGUAGGAGAGCCGAUUGUGUGAUGAAUAUGUUUGAAGCUGACUUUUCGAAUGUAUACAUAUGGUUUAAUUGUGAGAUGUUUCCUUGGCUGUA